AUGGCUAAUGAAAGACAGCACAGUCAAUUACAUCACCAUCCAGUAGUUUACUCAACAUGGGCUACCCAUAGAGACAAAAAAAGAAUUGGUCGCGCUACCUUCAAACGUCGCCGAAUUUGCCAUAUCCUAAAUUUACCUGAAGAGCUACUGGUUAUCCUAUUUCAAAAUCUAUCUAUUCGCGAUUUAGCUAAAUUACGACGGGUUUGCACACGUUUUAACGACGUCAUCAGUAACUGUCCAAGUCUAUGGAGAUGUGCAAACUUUCAUGGUGUCUGGCCAUCAGUUGACAAUCUACUGGCUAUGAAACGGGCUGCUCAAGUUGGCAAUAUCCAGGCUUUAGUGAAACUGGCCAUUGCUUAUUUAUAUAGCGAGGGGUUACCUGAUGAAGGCAUUAUCAAUGCAAGCCGAGCUGCAGAGUAUUUUUGGAUGCUCGAAGAAAAAUGUAAGGGUAUUGGUCCGAUCAUUUGGUUGUUUAUCAGACCACCCUGGGCUCCUACUGCAAAUGGCAACUGUAUCAAGGAAUGUGUCUUCACCGAAAUUAACGAAUACUGCCAAAUCGAUGGCGUAACCAAUUCCUUGUAUUAUGAUGUUGCUAAAACAUACAGUUUACAAGAAGGGGCAGAUAAAGCUAAAAUUGUGGAAUUAUUCGCUAUUGCCGCCGAAAAAGGUUGUCCGGAGGCCUCUCUGGAACUUUGGAAAACGAAAGAUCGGGAAAAGGUGAUCGAUCCUGGCUAUUAUAUUGAAGCUGCCAGACGCAUACGUGAAAUUGCAAACACGGGAUGUCUGGAAGCUCAGUUGGAGUUAUGUUUGAUAUACGCUAAAAAAAAAUUUACUGGCGUUAAUCGAAAUCAAGCGACUGCUUACGUUCGAAAGAUGGUAGAAAGCUGUCGAAAUAUUAACAUAAAAUUAGUUAAUAGAAUUCAAUUGGAAUUGAACGAUAGAAUGAGGUAUAUACUUAUAGAUUGGCUUGUUGAAGUAGCUGAAAUGAAGGAAUUUUCUAGUGAAAUGCUCUGUAAUGCAAUUGACUUAGUUGAUCGCUAUCUUGAAAUCAAUCCUAUACCGAGAAGUAACUUGCAGUUACUAGGUAUUUCCUGUAUGGUUAUAGCCUCAAGAUAUCACUGUGUAGAUAUUAUGACCAUUCGUGAAGCAGCAUGGUUAACGGAUAAUACUUAUAAAUAUGAUGAAGUAGUUAGAAUGAUUGGAGAAGUUUUUGCUGCUGUCAACGGAGAAAUUCGCACCCCAAGUGCGUUCGAUUACUUGAAGAUUUUUUGUACGAUUUCAGAAGUUAGCCAGAAAUGUACAUAUUUAGCUAGCUUCAUACUAGAACUCAGUUGGCUCUUCUUAGAGAAUAGCAGAUACAAAUCAGCUGUUAAGGCCGCUGCUUCGUUACUUCUUGCCAGAGUGCUUAUUAUGGGAAAUGAAUUACCAUGGACUGAAGAGUUAAAAAGUUAUACAGGAUUAAGCCUCGAAGAUCUCUCUUCAUGCGUUUUGCAUCUGUAUAAAAAAUGUUUAGCUGAAAAACCUCCUAAAGAUUAUUAUAAUUCGGAAGUUAAAUCUGUACAUAAUAGGUAUAGCGGUCCCAAUAAGUAUAAUGUAGCCGAAACAGACAUACCUAGCCUGGAAGUAAUCGCAAAAAUCCUACUCGUAAGCGAUUUAUCGUCAUUUAUUGAAAACGAAAGUAUGGAAGAUACGAGCUGUCAACAAAUUGACAAAUCAAAAUGCCUUCAGACAUUAAGCUUUGAUGACGAUGUUGAUAGUACUAUCCAUAUGUCGUCAAGUGAAAGUUCCAUGUCAUUUAGCGAGUGUUCCAAUGACAUUUCGGAUACAUCAUUAUACGCUGAAAAUGAUAGGAAAUUAUGUGAAACUGCACCAUUGUCUCCAUUUAACAAUGAAAUUGAGACUUUAUAUACUGAUCAAUUUGGCGAUGGAGCCAUCAUAUCGGAAGCAAAGCCUAAAUUCGACGGUGCAGUUGAUAUUGCAGAGAGUAACAUGAACGAGAGAUUAACAGGGAAUGAUUUUGUACAGACAGAUGCUUGUAAUGCUGAUGCAUUAUUUGAAGAAAAUUAUGAACUGCUAUCUAGACCGUUAACUUCGCCGGAAUUUUAUUACAACGAAGGCUGUAAAGGACGGCAGCUAGAUAUAGACAAUGGACACCAGUUUAACGCUUUUUCAACUGACAACUUCGAUGACCUUUCAAACAAAGAUAGUAGGGCAGGCUUCAUUCCAAUAUCGGAAAUUGACGCCAGAUGUAAUAAUAAGCUAAAAAUUUCGUUUUCGAGCAAUGGCUCAUUACCACAUGAUCAGAAUCAAACUUUAGACUGUAAAGGGCAUAUGCCAUUUCUAGAAUAA